AUGUUUUCGUACUCUUAUCCAACGACUUGCAACAAAAAUCUGGGCCCCGAGUUCAUUGUGGUACCGAUUCCUGAAACAUAUAAGGAAAUCAGGGUCCCUAAGAACCUGCCUAUGAAAUACAAUGAGGCACAGUUGAGAGAGAGAUUUAGGGGCUUUGACAAAAAUGGAGAUGGGGUUCUUAGCAGGCAAGAGCUCAGAAGUGCAUUCUACAGUCUUGGUUCCUACGUCCCAGAUUGGCGAGCUCAUCGGGCAAUUCGCCAUGCUGAUAUUAAUGGAGAUGGAUAUAUCGACGAGGCUGAGUUGGAAAAUCUUGUGAGAUAUGCUUUCCAACUCGGUUACACCAUCAAAUAA